AUGGAAAGUGGAAACCACACCAGACCGACCCACUUCUUCUUUCAUCCCUUUUCAACCCUCCCAGAGGUGCGAUUGUUGAUUUUUGGGGUUUUUCUGGCUUUGUUCCUACUCAGUCUUUUGGGGAAUUCUGCUGUUGUACUCAUUGUGCACAAUGAACGCUCCCUCCACAUACCCAUGUAUUUUUUCUUGGCUAACUUGGCUGUGCUGGAGAUUGCCUACUCUUGCGUCAUUGCUCCUCUUACCCUGGCCAACCUCCUCUCUACAGAGAAAGCCUUUAUCUCCUUGGCAGGGUGUGGCACCCAGAUGUUUUUCUUUAUCUUCUUGGGGGGCGGUGACUGUAUCUUGCUGUCUGUCAUGGCUUAUGACCGCUUUGUGGCCAUCUGUCACCCUCUGCGCUACUCUGCCAUUAUGAGCUGGAAGAUGUGCACUGUCCUUGUAGCUGGGACCUUGACCAUGAGUUGCUUGUUUGGCAUGCAGCUCUCUAUCCUGAUAUUGCGCCUCCCCUUCUGUGGCAACCAUGAGAUCAACCACUUCUUCUGUGACUUCCCGGCUGUCCUCAAACUAGCCUGUGGGGAUACACAUGCCCAUCAAGCUACACUCUUCAUCAUCAGUGUUGUCAUCCUGACUGUCCCAUUUCUCCUAGUCUGCAUCUCUUACGCCUUCAUUGUGAAGGCCAUCCUACAAAUUUGCUCCAUCUCAGGGCGGCAACGGGCUUUCUCCACUUGUUCCUCUCACUUGAUGGUUGUCCUUUUGCAGUACAGCUGUGGCAGCUUAAUAUACCUGCGCCCUAGUUCCAGCUACUCAGCGGAGGAAGGUCAGGUGGUGUCUGUGUUCUAUACCUUUGUCACACCUGUAUUAAACCCCCUGAUCUAUAGCAUGAGGAACAGAGAAUUAAAAGAUGCACUGAGCAAAACCCUGAGAAAGAAUCUGUUAUCCUAA